GCGAGCGAAAACCGCCGCCGCCGAGGAGUCCUCGCCGCCUCGCCUGGGCUGGGGGGAAGGCGACGCGCGAGGGGCACCAUGCCUGUUCGCCGAGGUCAUGUGGCACCACAGAACACUUUCUUGGGGACCAUCAUCCGCAAAUUCGAAGGGCAGAAUAAAAAAUUCAUCAUUGCUAAUGCUAGAGUGCAGAACUGUGCUAUCAUCUACUGCAAUGAUGGGUUCUGUGAGAUGACUGGAUUCUCCAGACCAGACGUCAUGCAGAAACCAUGCACCUGUGACUUUCUUCAUGGACCAGAGACCAAAAGACAUCACAUUGCCCAAAUUGCUCAGGCUUUGCUUGGGUCAGAGGAGAGAAAAGUGGAAGUCACCUAUUAUCAUAAAGAUGGGUCCACCUUCAUUUGCAACACCCACAUCAUCCCAGUGAAAAACCAAGAAGGAGUUGCCAUGAUGUUCAUUAUUAGCUUUGAAUACGUAACGGAUGAGGAGAAUGUAGAGUCUCCAGAGAAACUGAACCAGAUACUCUCAGCCAAAGUUGCAAACCGCAGAAUUUGGGGGUUCAAGAUACCUGGGCUGAGCCUCUUAUCAUACCGCAAGCAGUCCCUACCGCAGGAAGAUCCCGAUGCUGUGAUUGUGGACUCAGCAAAACGCAGCAACGACUCCAUGGCAAUGAAGCACUUCAAGUCCCCGACAAAAGAAAGCUGCAGCCCUUCGGAAGCAGACGACACCAAGGCGCUCAUCCAGCCAAGCACAUGUUCACCUCCAGUGAAUAUAUCAGGACCCCUUGACCAUUCAUCUCCAAAACGGCAGUGGGAUCGACUAUACCCAGAUAUGCUCCAUUCCAGUACAGGACUUACCCAUGCCCGGUCAAAGGAAAGUAUUUGCAAUAUAAGGAGAGCAUCUUCAAUACAGAACAUAGAGGGGUUUAACAUCCAUCCCAAGAAUGUGUUUCGGGACCGGCAUGCGAGUGAAGACAAUGGCCGUAAUGUCAAAGUUUCACGCUCCUGGAUGGCAGGGGGUCCUUUUAACCAUAUCAAGUCAAGUCUAUUAGGAUCUACAUCGGAUUCAAACCUCAACAAAUACAGCACCAUCAACAAGAUCCCCCAGCUCACUCUGAACUUUUCUGAUAUCAAAAAUGAAAAAAAAAGUUCAUCGCCACCAUCUUCAGAGAAAACAAUUAUUGCACCCAAAGUGAAAGACAGAACACACAAUGUAACUGAAAAGGUUACGCAGGUUCUAUCCUUGGGAGCAGAUGUUCUGCCAGAAUAUAAACUCCAAACGCCUCGCAUCAACAAGUUUACUAUAUUGCACUACAGUCCUUUCAAAGCAGUUUGGGACUGGCUGAUUUUACUGCUGGUGAUCUACACGGCCAUUUUCACCCCUUACUCAGCAGCCUUCCUCCUCAACGACAGUGAAGAACAGAAGAGGCGAGUGUGUGGCUAUUCAUGCAACCCACUAAGCAUGGUAGACUUAAUUGUGGAUAUCAUGUUUAUCAUUGACAUUGUCAUCAACUUCCGAACAACAUAUGUGAACCAGAAUGAAGAAGUGGUAAGUGACCCGGCAAGAAUAGCAAUUCACUACUUCAAAGGCUGGUUCCUAAUCGACAUGGUUGCUGCAAUACCUUUUGACCUGCUGAUAUUUGGAUCUGGCUCUGAUGAGACAACAACCCUGAUUGGCCUCCUGAAGACGGCUAGACUUCUGCGUUUGGUGAGGGUUGCGCGGAAACUGGACAGAUACUCUGAAUAUGGUGCUGCUGUUCUGAUGUUACUUAUGUGCAUAUUUGCCCUCAUUGCUCACUGGCUGGCUUGCAUUUGGUAUGCCAUUGGGAACGUCGAAAGGGAUUACCUGGCUCGUAAAAUCGGCUGGUUGGAUUCCCUGGGACAGCAACUGGGAAAGCAUUAUAAUCGGAGCGAUAGCAGCUCUGGACCAUCUAUCAAGGACAAAUACGUCACAGCACUUUAUUUCACCUUCAGCAGCCUGACCAGCGUCGGAUUUGGAAAUGUGUCUCCAAAUACCAACUCAGAGAAAAUCUUUUCCAUCUGCGUCAUGUUGAUUGGCUCAUUAAUGUAUGCAAGCAUUUUUGGAAAUGUAUCCGCAAUAAUCCAAAGACUGUAUUCAGGGACUGCACGGUAUCACAUGCAGAUGUUGCGUGUAAAAGAGUUUAUACGCUUUCAUCAAAUUCCCAACCCACUGAGGCAGCGGCUUGAAGAAUAUUUUCAGCAUGCAUGGACAUACACAAACGGCAUUGACAUGAACAUGGUCCUAAAGGGGUUUCCAGAAUGUUUACAAGCAGAUAUCUGUCUCCACCUCAACCAAAGUUUACUUCAAAACUGCAAAGCUUUCCAGGGAGCCAGUAAAGGCUGUCUCCGGGCUUUGGCUAUGAAGUUUAAGACAACGCACGCACCUCCUGGGGACACCCUUGUCCACUCUGGCGAUAUUCUGACUGCGCUUUACUUCCUGUCGCGAGGCUCCAUCGAAAUCCUCAAGAACGAUAUGGUGGUGGCGAUCCUCGGUAAAAAUGAUAUUUUUGGAGAGAUGGUCCAUCUUUAUGCAAAACCAGGAAAGUCCAAUGCAGAUGUGAGGGCCUUAACCUACUGUGACUUGCACAAGAUCCAACGAGAAGACCUAUUAGAAGUUUUGGAUAUGUACCCUGAAUUUUCCGAUCUCUUCCUCACCAAUCUAGAGCUCACUUUCAAUUUGAGAAAUGAAAACCCCAAAGCUGAACUCGCAAUAAGGCCACAAACAACUAAUGAUUCAGAUGGUGACAACAGCAAACUCCGAAGAAGGAAAUUCUCUUUUGAAAGUGAAAUUGAUAAAGCAGACUAUGACAAAGACAAUGAGGGUUCUGUGGAUAACACCAGACAUUAUCAGGUCACCAAGAAGCAUUUUGGGGAGAAGAGAAGCAGAUCGUCAUCUUUUGUGUCGUCCAUUGAUGAUGAGCAGAAACCUUUGUUCUCUGGGAUCAUAGGCUACCCAUCUGUCCUGGGAAAGACUGCAGUGCUGGGUUUUGAGGAGAUGAUGCAUGCAACAGAAAGAAUUCAAACUAACAAAAGGAGUCAUUCUUGUAAAGAUAUCACCGACAGAAGAAUCUGGGAGGAGGAUCACAGCAGGAGCCACCUGGAAUCAUCCAGCCAGUCUGCAUUGCCCCAUGUCACGUGGGGCAUCUCCGAAACAGAAAGUGAGAUCAACUAUGGAGAAGUGGAGCAGAGGCUAGAUUUACUUCAAGACCAACUCAGCAGGCUUGAAUCCCAAAUGACUUCUGACAUUCAAACCAUCCUACAGCUGCUGCAGAGACAAUCGGCACUUGUUCCACCUGCCUAUAGCAUGGUGGCCACUGGGGCAGAUUAUCAGAGGCCAGCUGUCCGAAUAGUGCAAAGUCUUCACCCCAUAGCAUCUAUUAAAACAGACAGAAGCUUCAGCCCUUCACAGUGUCCUGAAUUUCUAGACCUUGAAAAAUCAAAACUGAAAUCCAAAGAAUCUCUCUCGAGUGGAGUGCAUCUUAACACAGCCUCAGAAGACAACCUGGCAUCGUUUCUGGAACAGGAGCAUGCCCAGUCUUUAGAGCUGCCCCAACAACAUCAUCGUAAGGCUUACCUCCACCAAAUCAGACACCCAUCCUUGCCAGAUUCUUCCCUAAGCACUGUAGGAAUCUUGGGUCUCCAUAGGCAUGUUUCUGAUCCUGGUCUUCCUGGGAAAUAACCCUUUUAUACUCUUACAUCAUCUAAAAUGUAAGUGCUUUUAAUGGCUGGGUUUUUCCCCUUUUUUAUUUUGUAUUUAAAUCCUCUAUACUUGACUCAGGGGCUGCAAGGAUAUACCAUUAUAUGCAAAAGUACUGUAUAUUUUCCUAACUUUGUAGCUUAUAAGGUAAGGUUAACCAGUAACAAUGUAAAUAUAUAAAUAUAUACAUACAUAUAUAUAUGUAUAAACAAAAAAAACAAACUGUAUGUUCCAAAUAUAAAGCUGCCAGCAUUCUCAAGGCACCUUAUAUUUUUUAAUUUUUUAAAAAGCACCUGCAUGUUUGGAAAUGAUAAUGGAUCUGUUGCAUGGAGACUACUAUUUACUGUUUUCAAUGAAACCCUAUUUUACUGCGGAUAUGCCUUCAAAAAAACAACAACACCCA